CAAUAAAAAGACAUUCAACUGAAUGCAAAAAAUGCGCAAAAAGUGACAAGUGGGUGAGGUUAUGUGGGCGAAGAGAUGAGGGUUUAAGAUCCAUCGAAAACAUUACUAAGGAAACAUACAUUUGUUCCCUUCAUUUUCUUGGGGAAAGUGGUCCUACUGAAGAAAAUCCGGAUCCAAUUCCUCUGAUUAACAGAAAAAUGAACAAGAGAUGUGCAGCUCCGAAACGUACAUCUCUUGCUGAGAAAUAUGUAAAGAUAUCUCCACGACAACACCUUCAAACAAAAAAUUCCUCAAUAGAUGCUGAUGAGAUGCUCAUUGACAAGGAGUCCUCUGGAGACCACUAUGUAGAAAAGACGAUGCAGAGAAACGUAGUCUGGGGAACGCGUGUGGCCGAGGCAAAUGAUGGAAGAACGUGUAACUCCGAAGUCAUGAACGAUACAGACAGAGCUUCUGAUGUUAAUUGUAUGGAAUCCAUCGCCUCGACUUCCUCAGUGAUGAAUGACGAGUCUGCUCAUGAUGAUGAAUUCGAGGCAGCACUUGAGACUUCAAGUUAUGAAGCAGAAGUUGAAGUUUUUGAUGAACUAAUCGAUGAGAAAAUCCAGGAGUUUAUCAAUUCAUCUAUAAACACAGAAGUUUUCACAACAUCGCCAACUGCCAGUACUGAGGGCCACAAUUAUGACCAGAGAAAACACGUAAAACAUGUAUUCAGAGAUUUUGGGACUCAGACCGUGAAGAAGUGGGCAUCGCGGACAUUGAGCGUGCAAACUGAGAAGAGAUCAGUAAUGCAUGACUUUGAAAACAACUUGCAAUCUGAUCCCAAAGAAUGUUUCUUCUAUACAGUUUCAGAUUUGGUUCAAGCGAGGGGAGCCCAUUUGAAUAUACCUCCCUUCUUAAAAGGACGAAAACGCCUAACAGCUCAAGAGGAACUUCAGACAAAGUUUAUUGCUAAACAGAGAAUAUAUAUUGAACAUGCUGUAGGUAGGAUUAAACAAUUUCGUAUAUUACACCGUACAUUACCACUAACUUUAAGUGGUAUGAUUUCACAGAUCGUUUUCAUUUGUGCAUGCCUGGUGAAUUUCCAGAAACCUAUUGUGAAGGAUUGA